AAAAGUUCAAUGCGACUAUGUAGAGUUGAUGCUGCUGUUACAGUCUCUCCAUGGAUGAGUUUCCAAUUCCCAGAGAUACAGAGAUGGUUAUGUUUGGAUAAGCCUCAGGGUUUUCGCUUCAAGCCCAAAACCAUGAAACCCCACCAAUUUUAGGUGGGUGAGUGUCGACCCUGUUCAGUGCUGAGUUUCAAAAGGAAAAGCUUACUACUCGGGUGAGAUCAGAUGAGAUGAAACUCGUGACUCGUGAGUUUAGGUGGGUGAGUGGGACCCUGUUCAGUGCUGAGUUUCCCGAGUCCCGUCCGGUUUAUGAUGAAAACCGGGGAGAUCUACACGGUGGAAUUUCAUUAUUCCCCUAAUAUUUAAUUUAAAAAUCAACUCCAUGCCGAUCGACCGAUCGCCAUGAGAUUCCGAUCAAAUCAACUGAAAAUCGAUCUUUCUGUUUUACUCUUUCCCUCCAUGAGAGGGAGAGAGACGGUUCGGCUUCAAGCAAUCCCUCGUCCACUUCCUUACCAGUCUCGGACUCUGAGGUAUCGUUGUUCUUCUCUUGUUGUUUUCUAUUGUUUAUUGUUUCUCUCAAUUUCUUUCCUUUUAGAAUGCUCGAUUUUUCUCCACUACAAGUCCUAGUACUAGACCUCUUUCAUUUCCUUCUCUCUAGUCUCUUCCUCUCCUAUUGGGGUUAGGGUUUCCUCACUUUUCUGCAGAACCAACUAUGAUUCCUUGAAGUUUUUUGGAAUUCUUCCCGAUAGCUUAGUCGACUCCCGUUUUAAUGGAUUUCGUCGAACUAGAGGCCAUCGAAGGCCUUCGAUGGUCUUGGAAUUCAUGGCCGGCUUCGAAAUCCGAAGCUUCUUCCUUGGUAAUUCCUUUGAGCGUCAUGUGUACUCCAUUGAUGGAGUUCACCGAGCUUCCUUUGCUCCCUUACGACCCUCUUGUCUGCAGCCGCUGUGGCGCUGUUUUGAACCCUUACGCACGCGUCGAUUACCAAUCACGGCUCUGGGUUUGUCCUUUUUGUUAUCAGAAGAAUCCAUUUCCUCGCUCUUAUGCUGGGAUUGGAGAGAACAAUCUCCCUGCCGAGCUUUUCCCGACUUACAGCACAGUUGAAUACCAUCAUGGCCGGAAGGGCUUGGGCCUUGGUUCAAAUAUCAAUUCGAACGCUAUUUGGGGUGGCAACAGGCUAUCUUCUUCGUCACUAUCAUCUUUGAUGUCGUCAUCUUCUUCUAUGGGUUCAUCCUUCUCUUCUUCUUCACUCUCAUGUACGGAUUCGCGGGGGAAUGGACCUGCAUUUGUGUUUGUUGUUGACACUUGCUCACCUGAGGAGGAGUUACGAGCACUUAAAAAUGAGCUGUUGCUCGUUGUGGCGCAAUUGCCAGAGAACGCAUUGGUUGGGCUGGUCACUUUCGACUCCAUGGUCAGUGUCUACGACCUCGGGUUUGUGGACUGUUCAAAGGUUGUAUUGUUUCAUGGAGAACGGGAAUUAUCAUCGGAUCAGAUUCAGGAUUUAUUGGGAAUUUCUUGCUGUAAUCACCAGCAACUUGGAAAGGCAUCCACUAUCCAAAAGCAGGGUUUUCUGCUUCCAGUUUCAGAAUGUGAGUUCAAUAUAACUACAGCAAUUGAAGAGAUCCACUCCACCAAGCAGGCUAUGCCUGGUCAUCGUCCUAAAAGGGCCACUGGAGCCGCUAUAUCAACUUCAGUUGGACUUCUGGAAGGAUGCUUAUGCAACACAGGUUCCCGGAUCAUGGUCUUCACAUCUGGACCUGCUACUCUGGGCCCUGGGAUUGUUGUAGACACUGAAUUCAGUCAUGCCAUUCGUACCCAUCGGGAUCUUAUAAAUGGUCAUGCUUUUUACUACAGUAAGUCUUGCAACUUCUAUAAGCAAGUUGCACAGAGGUUAUGCAAUGCAUGUAUUGUUCUGGAUUUGUUUGCUUGUUCUCUUGAUCAGGUUGGGGCUGCAGAAUUAAAAUUUCCAGUUGAAAGCUCAGGCGGCUUCAUGAUGCUGGGGGAGUCAUUUGAAACAGAUCAGUUCAGGAAAUGCCUACGUCACAUUUUUAGUCGUGAUGCUGAUGGCAAUCUCAAAAUGUACUUUGAUGCAACAAUUGAGAUAAUCACCACGAAAGAGGUAAUGAUCUGUGGCGCCCUUGGUCCUUGUGUAUCUCUCCAGAAAAACAACAGUUCAGUGAGUCAGAAUGAGAUUGGACAGGGUGGUACCAACUUGUGGAAGCUAGGUACGCUUACAAACAAGACAUGCAUUGCUUUUUUCUUUGAGGUAGGUGAUGAGCAGAAAAUCCAGGCAGGGUCUGCAUUCUUCAUACAGUUCAUAACACGUUACUGGCAUGGGAAUAUGGGAAUCCGACAAAGGGUGACAACUGCAGCAAGAAGAUGGGUUGGAAAGCGCUCACCAGAGAUUGGCUCUGGGUUUGAUCAAGACACUGCUGCCACAAUUAUUGCCAGACUCGCUAUCCAUAGGGCUGAGCAAUCUCAUGCUCGAGAUGUCAUAAGAUGGCUGGAUAAGAGGCUGAUUAAAUUUUGUUCCAAGUUUGGUGAUUAUGUGUUAGAAGACCCGUCUUCAUUUCGUCUGUCAUCCAACUUCUCCCUCUACCCUCAGUUUAUGUAUUACUUAAGGAGGUCACAAUUUAUUGACGUCUUUAAUAGCAGCCCUGAUGAGACUGCCUUCUUCAGGUUGAUGCUUAACCGGGAAGGGGUGGUUGGAUCUCUGAUUAUGAUCCAGCCUACUCUUUUCCAGUACUCUUUCGAUGGGCCUCCAGUUCCUGUCCUCCUGGAUGUUAGCUCUAUCUUGUCAGAUGUGAUUCUGCUUUUCGAUUCUUAUUUCUAUGUGGUUAUUCACUAUGGGUCUAAGAUUGCACAAUGGAGGAAGCAAGGUUUUGACAAGGACCCAAACCAUGAGAACCUGAGAAAUCUAUUGGAAGCACCAGAAAUUGAUGCAAAACAGUUGGUGGCUGAACGAAUUCCUGUUCCCAAGCUUAUUAAAUGUGACCAGCACAGUAGUCAGGCAAGAUUUCUGCUUGCUAAGUUGAAUCCUUCAGUUACUCAGAAUUCAGUAUAUACAGAUGGCUCGGAUAUCAUAUUUACGGAUGAUGUGAGUUUGCAAGUUUUUAUAGAGCAUUUGCAGGCCUUGGCUGUGCGAGGGUGAUGAAGAGAUUGCUGAAUGAUGGUUUGUUCUCUCAUUCUCUGUUUUUUUGUCUCUUACACAGAAUCAUUGUAUACUGCGUGCAAUAUAGAAAACCUUUUUAACUUUAUUUUUUUUCUAAAAGAUUGAUGUUGUAAAAAGGUUAAUGUUUAAGUGGAGAUGUGGAGGUAAACCAGCCCUGUGAGUGGUUUGAUGUUGUCCACAGGUCUGAGAAAACACUCUUCACAUAUUCUAGCCGGUCAGAAUUGUUGUAAAGGUGAAUGAACUGAACCCUCCUCCCCCCGGGGGGCUAUUCUCUGAUAGUUUUUGUAUGAGGAGUUGAGGAGGACCACGGAGCUUAUUUCUGUUUGCUCUGCUUAAUAGAAUAUAAUUCAUCUUUACUCGAA